CAUUCAAGGUCCAGAAAGGUAUUAAAGACAUCGUUAAAACAGUCGACGUGACUGCAGUGGUUCAACCUUAAUGUUAUGAAGUGAUGAGAAUACUUUUUGUGUGCAAAAACAAAUAAAAAAUAACGACUUUUAUUCAACAAUUUCUUCUCUACCCUGUCAGACUUGUACGCAGUUGAUGCAGUUCAGCACUUCUGUGUUUACAUCCGAACGCCGGCUCAGUAUUGUCCGGCUCCUGUGCUAGCAUCACACACAUGCGUCGUGCUGCUCACGUGACCAGGCGUUGGCCAAUACUGAGCUGGCGUUCUGACGUAGAACCUGGAAGCGCUGCAACGAAAAUAGCGUAGGAGAAUGACCGGGGAGAAACUAAUUUGUUGAACAAAGUCGUUAUUUUUGUUUUGUUUUUGCGCACAAAAAGUAUUAUCGUCGCUUCAUAACAUUAAGGUUGAACCACUGUAGUCACGUUGGAUUUUUUGAGUUCCGAAGAUGAAAAAAUGACAUAAGGAGAAACAUAUGGCUCUCCUACGGUGAAUAUGGAGGUUCCUUCCUAUCUGUCCAGGCUCUUGUCAGAGCUGAACGAACAGCGUAAGAGGGACUUCUUCUGUGACUGCAGCAUCAUAGUAGAGGGACGUGUUUUCAAAGCACAUCGUAAUAUUCUCUUCGCCAGCAGUGGUUAUUUUCGGGCUUUGCUGGUGCAUUACCUAAAAGACAAUGGUCAGCGACACAGCACGGCCUCUCUGGACAUCGUCACAGCCGAGGCGUUCUCCUUCAUCCUGGACUUUUUGUAUUCAGGUCACCUGGACCUGCGCAGCGACAAUGUCAUUGAAAUAAUGUCAGCUGCGAGCUACCUACAGAUGACCGAUGUGGUGAACUUUUGUAAGGGCUACAUUAAAUCAUCCCUGGAGAUCUGUAACAGGGAGAGGGAGAGACACAAGGACAGGGAGGGCUUGGAUCAUAGUGCAACCCCACUUUCAGUCACUAGUGCCCCUGUGGCAUCCACUUCCGAAGCCGACCAAAGGACCUGUCAGGUCACCGAAGCCCUCAGCCCUGAUGAUGCCCCAACGGCUGCUAUCUGCACACCAGCGGCCACCAGUAGUAAAGACUCAGAGAGCGAAAACUCUCAAGGAGCAUUUCCCAACCAUCCUCCCAUGAAUGCUCCACUGAAGAUCAGCCCAGGCCCAGAUUUAGUCAACUCAUCCACCCCAGGUCUGCUUCUGGGGUUGGUGAACCCCAAAAUAGAGUAUGACCCUGAUGAAGAGGGCGAAUCUUCACGGGAAUCCAAAGAAACGACUCUUUAUCAAGGUCCAAAUCACGACGGGGAAAGAACAGUUAACACUAGCCCGGCUCCAAGCACUGAACACUCCUCCGUAUCAUUUGCUAACUGUCCUAUGAAGCAGUUUCCAGACGUGCUGUACAGAGCGGGGAUGAACCCAAACCGGGAUGAACACUAUUCCCAGAGUUUGGGGUACGUUGGAUUCGGCCGUGGUGAUGAUGUACUUGGUCCUCCUGUCCCCUGUGGGAUGGAGAUUCAGAAUGACUGGUAUGGGGAUGAUCCAGGGAGACUGCACAAAUGUCCGUUCUGCCCAUAUACGGCCAAACAGAAGGGCAUUUUGAAAAGACACAUCCGCUGCCACACAGGAGAAAGGCCGUAUCCUUGUGAGGUGUGCGGCAAACGUUUCACACGACAAGAACAUCUUCGCACUCAUGCAAUUUCUGUCCAUCGCUCCACCUGGCCCAUUGUUUGCAAAGGCUGUCGUCGAGUGUUCUCAGGCAUUGUGUCCCAGGGAAUGAAGCGAUUUGGACUUUGCGAUGGCUGCACUUUUGUUACUACAACUAAUGAGGAUCCCUCCUCCAUGAACCUCAGCAUCCAGUCUGAGGCUAUGGAAAGGGGCGCUAGAGACUCUGAUUGGCCCAUGUUUAUAGUGGAAGGGGAUGAAGCGGAGGCGAGUGCUAGUACUGCUGGACAGGAUGAUAAGCAGAAUGUUGCAAAGCAGCUUGGGGAGAAUGGAAUGGUAGAUUCAUUACCAUAGUUACACUUGUUUACCAAAUAAAUAAAGGACAUGCAUAAGAGGCUGAGGUAGGGUGUGACCAACGCUCUACUGGUAACAAACUACCGGUUUAGUCACUUUCUUUAAUAUAUUUUUGUGAGUUAGAAAAGACGGUUAAUUAUUUGGUGGAAUUAAAAGAUUAAUUUGUAUUAGAAACAUUACACAGCUGGGAAAGCUUUGAAACAAUAUGUUUGGGUUUAGUACAAAUCUACAGUAGCUAUGGAUUAUGAACAUAUUUUGCUGUAUGACAAUGAGGACACAACGGAUUUGAAUGUGUUGUGGCAGUUGUGUUAAUAAAUAUUUUUAUGCUUUAAAGUGA